GUGAAUCUAGCCUAUGCGUAUGAGACGAAGGAUGCUCUGUGUUUAGUACUGACCAUAAUGAAUGGAGGAGACCUGAAGUUUCACAUCUAUAAUAUGGGGAACUCUGGCUUUGAUGAGCAGAGGGCCGUCUUCUACGCAGCAGAGAUCUGUUCUGGGCUGGAAGACCUGCACCGUGAGAGGAUAAUCUACCGGGACUUAAAACCUGAAAACAUUCUUCUAGACGACCGCGGACACAUCCGUAUCUCUGACCUGGGACUAGCCGUCCAGAUUCCCGACUCGGAGACGAUACGAGGGAGAGUGGGCACCGUAGGAUACAUGGCCCCAGAGGUGAUCCAGAAUGAGUCCUACUCUUUCAGUCCUGACUGGUGGGGUCUGGGCUGUCUGGUGUUUGAGAUGAUCCAGGGUCAGUCGCCCUUCCGCCGGCGUAAAGAACGAGUGAAGAGAGAAGAGGUGGACAGACGAGUGAGAGAAGAUCCCGAGGAAUACUCUGACAAGUUCUCUGAGGAGGCCAAGGAUAUCUGCAGACAGCUGCUGGCCAAAGACCCCAAAGCCCGUCUGGGGUGCCAGGGGCGAGGUGGUGUGGAGGUGAAGGCUCAUAUCAUCUUCAAGAACAUCAACUUCAAACGCCUCGAGGCAGGCAUUCUGGAACCUCCCUUCAGUCCUGAUCCGCGGGCGGUGUACUGUAAAGAUGUUCUGGAUAUAGAACAGUUCUCUACAGUGAAGGGAGUCAACCUGGACCCCACAGACGAUGACUUCUACCACAAGUUUGUUACAGGAAGUGUCUCCAUCCCCUGGCAGAACGAGAUGAUUGAGAUGGAGUGUUUUAAGGAGAUCAACGUCUAUGAGACCGAGGGUCUGCUGUGUUCUGAUCUGGAUGUGAACAGACCCAACCCACCGCCAAAGAGAGGAUUCUUCUACAGGCUGUUCAGACGAGAGGCAAGUGGUGCUAGCUCUCCCCCCCGCCCCGCCGCUGCCGUGAGAGGUGGUGGGGGUUAAGGUCUGUUUAAAGAGUGGCUACGAAGACGAAGAGCACGAGGAGCCUUCCCGACUUUAAACCACUCCAGCUCUCCUCCCUCCUCCUCCUGCUCUCCUUCCUCCUGCUCUCCCUCCUCCUGCUCUCCCUCCUCCUCCUCCUCCUGCUCUCCCUCCUCCUGCUCUCCCUCCUCCUCCUCCUCCUGCUCUCCCCCCUUCUCCGCCUCCUCCUCUCCCUCCUCCUCCUGCUCUCCCCCCUCCUCCUGCUCUCCCUCCUCCUGCUCUCCCUCCUCCUCCUCCUCCUGCUCUCCCUCCUCCUCCUCCUCCUCCCUCCCUCCUCCUCCUCCUGCUCUCCCUCCCUCCUCCUCCUGCUCUCCCUCCUCCUCCUGCUCUCCCUCCUCCUCCUCCUGCUCUCCCUCCUCCUCCUGCUCUCCCUCCUCCUCCUGCUCUCCCUCCUCCUCCUUUCCCUCCCCCCCUUCUCCUCCUCCUCCUCCUCCCUCCUUCCUUCUUCAAACGCAUCCAGAGCGUAAAAUGUUAGUAACUCGAUGAAUGUUAAACCUGUAUUUAUGUAUUAAAAAGUGUAAUUAUAAUAAUUAAAAGAAAAAACACAUGAGUUUAAAGAUUUUGUACAUUUGUACUUGAAUUGUGUCCUAGAUGUAUAUUUUCACUAAAAGGUGUAUUGUAUAAAAGCCAUAAUAAGUA